AUGAGUCCAUCAAUACCUGAAGAUAGUGAACCAGCUCAUGAUGACGUAUUCCAUCAAGAGAUAACCCAUGGACAGCUGGCAGUUCAAAAGGCAGUUCGAAAGGCAGCUCGAGAAGCACAUAGCGAACAGGCAGUUCGUAAACAAGCAGUUCGUGAUCAGGCAGCUCUAGAGGCAGCUCGUGAACAAGAAGAUCGUGACCAACCAUCUAGAAAACAACAAGCCCGCCAGGAAGCGGCUCGUCAAGAGGCAGCUCGUCAAGAGGCAGCUCGUCAAGAGGCAGCUCGUCAAGAGGCAGCUCGUCAAGAGGCGGCUCGUCAAGAGGCAGCUCGUCAAGAGGCAGCUCGUCAAGAGGCAGCUCGUCAAGAGGCGGCUCGUCAAGAGGCGGCUCGUCAAGAGGCAGCUCAUCAAGAGGCGGCUCGUCAAGAGGCAGCUCGUCAAAAAGCUCUUCACGAAACAGAAGCAGCUCAAAAAGCAAACAGCCAAGAAGUACAUCUCCAAGCAAAGCAAGCUCUCCAAAAAAAAGAGGCAGAUCGCAUUGCAGCGUUUGACGAAGAAGAUGCCGCUCGUCACAAAGCAUUUAAAUUAGAAGAAAAGGCACGCACAGAAGAGGCGGCUAAAAACAUAGCAGAGGCGGUGAAUAAAAUAACAGCCUUACAUGGACGUUCAGCAGCUCUCGAGGAGGAAGUAUCCCUUAAGUCGAAAGAGGCAGCUCGUUCAAGAGCAGCUAUACAAGAAUAUAAGAAGUUUCGAGAUACGGUUCGUAGCGAAGAGAGACUUCGUCGCAAGGAAGCAAAGAAAAAGAUAAACGAUUUUCAAGAAGAGCUGAAUCGUCAAGAAACAGAGAGAGCUCGUCAUGAAGCAUAUAUUAGAAGCCAACUAGAGCUGGAAAUCAGCUCGAAGAGUGGCGUAGAGGCCCUUAUGCAAGAUCUGUGGGAAGACGAGAGUGAACAGCGCUCCCCUCCGCUAAUACCUGAGGAAAUAAAUGCUGAUCUAUAUGGAGGCAUAGAAUAA